AUGCGGUUUCCUCUGUGUCGUGUCACUGACAAACUUGACAACUUCAUUAAACUCUCACAAAUCUGUGAUGUGACGCCUGUGUCUCUGACGUCUGUGUGUCUGACGCCUGUGUCUCUGACGCCUGUGUCUCUGACGUCUGUGUGUCUGACGCCUGUGUCUCUGACGCCUGUGUUUCUGACGCCUGUGUUUCUGACGCCUGUGUGUCUGACGCCUGUGUCUCUGACGUCUGUGUGUCUGACGCCUGUGUCUCUGACGCCUGUGUCUCUGACGUCUGUGUGUCUGACGCCUGUGUCUCUGACGCCUGUGUUUCUGACGCCUGUGUUUCUGACGCCUGUGUGUCUGACGCCUGUGUCUCUGACGUCUGUGUGUCUGACGCCUGUGUCUCUGACGCCUGUGUUUCUGACGCCUGUGUUUCUGACGCCUGUGCAGGACAUGGAUCAGAAGAUGGACAGCGUGUUGCGGAUCCUGAAGGAGCAGUUCCAUCCCGGCCCCAAACCUGAGCUGAUGUCACAGCCGUCCAUGCGCCGCGUCACCAUCCAGAAACGCAUGGGGGCCAGCAUCGACGAGGGCCCCUGA